UGUCAAAACAAUUGCCGACAUGGCACAGCGCUCAGGCGCCGCUUGCGCCCUCGUCCUGUGUUUUAUCACCACUAUCGCUCAAACUGUGACGACAACAAAAGGAAAAAAUGUACUUUUUCUAUUAGCGGAUGACGGCGGGUUCGAGCUGGGUGCGUACCUGAACAAGAUCUGCCAGACGCCGAACAUAGAUGAACUGGCACGCCGGAGCCUACUCUUCAAUAAUGCCUUCUCAUCCGUCAGCAGUUGCUCGCCAAGCCGCGCCGCCCUGCUGACGGGCACUCCGAGCCACCAGAAUGGCAUGUACGGACUGCACCAGGGCGUACACCACUUCAACUCCUUUGACAACGUCUCUAGUCUGCCUAACGUUCUUCGCGAUCAUGGGGUCUUCACUGGGAUAAUCGGCAAGAAACACGUAGGGCCCAGCAGCGUGUACCGCUUCGACUACGAGCAGACGGAGGAGAACAACCACAUAGACCAGGUGGGCCGCAACAUCACGCACAUCAAGCUGCUGGCGAGGCAGUUCCUCCGCCGGGCCAAGAAGGCUCAAAAGCCAUUUUUCCUGCUGAUCGGCUUCCAUGACCCGCACCGCUGCGGACACAAUGAACCUCAGUACGGCCCCUUCUGCGAGAGAUUCGGCUCCGGCGAAGAAGGCAUGGGGGUCAUUCCCGACUGGAAACCUUGGUACUACCAGUGGGAGGAGGUGCAGCUGCCGUACCACAUCCAGGACACAGAGGCCGCGAGAAGAGACGUCGCUGCGCAGUACACCACAAUGUCCAGGCUCGAUCAAGGUGUGGGUCUGGUCCUCAAGGAGCUCGCAGCGGCGGGCCAUCUGGACGACACGCUGGUGAUAUUCACAUCAGAUAACGGCAUCCCGUUCCCGGGGGGCCGCACCAACCUGUACGAGGCGGGGCUCCGCGAGCCGCUGCUGCUGGCGUCGCCGGAGCCCGGGGCGCGCCGCGGGGAGGCCUCCGGGGCGCUCGUCAGCCUUCUCGACCUCAUGCCCACCGUGCUCGACUGGUUCCACAUCCCGGCGAAAGAACAGGAUUCUAAUGAAAUCAGGGAGCCUGAUGCACCGAAAAGUCUGCUGCCCAUACUUGAGAAAGAGCCGCCAGCUUCGGAGUCCGAUGCGGUGUUUGCGUCGCAGACGCACCACGAGGUGACGAUGUACUACCCGAUGCGCGCAGUGCGCACGCGCCGAUACAAGCUCAUACACAACCUCAACUUCGGCAUGCCCUUCCCCAUCGACCAGGACCUCUACGUCUCGCCUUCCUUCCAGGACAUACUGAACCGCACGCGCAGCAAGCAGCCGUUGCCGUGGUACAAGACGCUGAAGCAGUAUUACUACCGGCCGCAGUGGGAGCUCUACGACGUCCAGCGCGACCCGAUGGAGCUCAACAAUCUGCACGGCAAGCCGUCGCUGAGCGCGGUGGAGGCCGAGCUAGCGUCGCGCCUGCGGGCGUGGCAGCGCGCCUCCCGCGACCCGUGGCGGUGCGCGCCCGGCGCCGUGGCGGAGCGCGCGCCCGGCGCCCGCGCCGUCUGCCGCAGCCUCGACAACGGCCUGUAGACUGUUGUUACCCGGCGUAACCUCUUCCCACUCUAAUAAGAAUUAUAUUAAACCCCAUGUUGAACGUCUUAUCUCUCUCCAUCACAUGAAUCAACCAGAGUGAUACAAUAAAAAUGUUGGAGGAAAUCAAGCCGCAUAUGCCUUGCCAACCUUAAAUAGAAUUUCGUCAGUUUUUAAUAAAAUUGAUAAUAUUUUUAUUUAUAUUAUGAUAUUAUAGGCUACCAUUACUACACUCUAUUUUAUAAAAAUACUGAUGUUAAUGUUUGUAUAGAUUUACUUGAAGAUUAAACACUUAUUUAACAUUAAACUGAAAAUGAGAUGACUGGUCAGUGUAAAGAAAAGUAUGAGUAGAAAAGGAGUGACCAGUGUGAUGGCAAAAUGACAGAAGAAACAACUACUAUACUGUGUCACCCCCACUCCAAAAGUGGGGGAAGGUAUCAUCAUCAUCAUCCUGUUUAAUCUAUUAUAGUUGUUAAAGAAAGAAAUGAACAUUUGAUUUUGAUUGCGAUUUAUUGAGAAACAAGAAAUAAUAAAUAAAUAAUACUACUCACCUUCAA